AUGCUGGCAGUCUCGAAACCUCGGCCAGUCAAGCAGCGAGUCCUAAAGCGGCAGCCACCUGGCGGUUGCGGUCAGUCGCUACUCGCAGUGGCACGCAACUGUCGGGAGUGCGGGGAACGGCUGACAGCGCUUGAAGGAGCCUUGCACCUAUGCCCGGCGAUCUUCGAGUGGGCAUUCCCAGCUGAAACCCUGGGCAGCGCACCAAGUGCGGAGGGUCGUUGCCGCUUAGUUCGGCUGGGUGCAAAUGCUCGGAAGGGUGCAGCGGACGCAAAGCUUGUGGAGCUUUGGGAAAACAUCCGCAAAACACAGCUCUCGCACAUCUUGGACCUGCCGUCAGCGGAGCAAUUGGCAAGCAAGAGUGCCAUUAUCUUGCUCGCUUUGCGUGGUAAGGAUGUUCUUGCACUGCUGAGUGCAGAGCGCAUCACGGCAGACAAGCUCGGUCCACCUUCCUUGGCAUCGAGCACGACGCCAGCGAAGCAGAUGUUGCAGAGUCAGAAGACUGAGUCUCUUCUUGGUGUGGCAGUGCUCUGGACACGACGCCGGGAGCGGCGACGGGGCCUGGCAGUCGCGCUGGUGGACUGUGCGCGCCAGCUGCUCGCUCCCAGCAGCCGGGUGGCUUUCUCUCAGCCGACCGAGCUUGGUCAAGCCUUUGCCCAGCAAUAUGUGCGGAGGAUGAGUGACCAGGAAGAGAGCGGCGUCUUGGUCUAUGCGCCUGACUUCCCAGCUUGA